AUGGGCUUGAAGGCCGUAGCACUCCGCAACUUUCAACCCAGCACCUCGCUAGCCGCAGAGCUGUUCUCAUCGUCCUCUUCGCCGGUGAAUAUCUCUGUUGACCAAUCGGAGACCCUCUGGAACUUGGUCGAUUAUGGGUGGCUUUCGGACUCUGCUCGCCCAACGACCACCACCACCACCACCACCACCACCACCACCACCACAUCUGAACCUCUAACGUCGAGGGACAAAAGCAAUAACGACGACAGAAUAAUGGAGGAAUCACCAAAUACCGCACACGACUUCAUGAACCGAUUCGGGCCCGACUUCGCCAUCGACGAAGGCAACGUGGAACAGCUGCUAUUCGAAGCAAUCCACGGAAGAUUUAACUCGAUCCCCGAGCUAUCCGCCAUGGCACACACAUAG